UCAAUGUUCAUUUGAACUUUAAGAUAAAUCGUAAUGUCCAAAGUGCACGAGAAAUUUGUUCGUGAAAAACGUAAGAUGAAUCAAAAGUUGCGAGCAAAAUGAAAUAAAUAAAAAGUGGAAUAGCAGAGAGUGUUUGAGAAAAAACGAAACAUGGACCAGUUUAUGACGACUUAUAAAAGAGAUUUUACAUGGCCAACGACGAGAAUUAAACGUAUGGCAGGCGUGUUGGGCGAAGAAAGUGCUUGUCGUUGCCGUGAGCCUCCACGGGAACUGACGCCCCUCACACGCUGCGGAGAUGAUUACGAUUGGAGUCGUACGGGUCCCAUGGGACGACUUUUGGACCCGAAAUUAUAUCCAGCCAAGACUGGUCCUCAUCCAGAGUCCGAAGCAACAAAACACGAUCAACCGAGCACGUACAUGAGGAAAUUGGAAGAGAAAUAUCCUAAUCUGUAUGGAAUUCUACAGAGCACCCCUAUAGACGAAGUGAUCAAACGCGUCGACGAGGAUCGAAUGAAGACGACGUACCAGCUGGACUAUUCUGUAAAAGCGGCUGAACAAAUGGAAGAAAUAGCCACAGGACCUUGCGCUGCCUAUAGAGAACAAAAAGCGACCAUAGAUUGCCGACCUUCGACCAAGUCCAAGUUGGACAAGCGAAGACUUGAUAAAGAGAAGACGAAAACGGCAAAGAAAGUAACGGAGGACGAAUCGCAGGAAACGCGGUUACCUCCUUGGAGAUCGGAGUACCAAGACAACGUCAGUAGAUUAGGCUCUGCAAUCAUGAAGCAGAAGAUUCAUCAUAAGAAAACAGCGGCACCGGCCUGGGCAAUGGCCGUCUUGUAAAAGAUACUAACAUAUUUUAUAACAGUGUAAACGAUAGCUGACUCAAGUAUCCUAUCUAGUCAUACCUUUUUACGAAGGUCUCUUAUUGAAAUCGCUUUUAAAAACGUUUCGGAUCCAAAUUCUGUAAGGUAUUGUAAAAAUUCUGAAUUAUCUAAAUUAAUGGAAACGGUACGGCUAAGCGAAGCGAA